GAGAGGCCGGUUCAACGGAGUUUAACGAUAUGAUCUUAAGGAACAACGGAGGAGAGCUUCAUAGGUUUGUAUCAAAGUUGACGUCAGAAUCCGAUUACUUCGUCGAGAUUGUCAGUGACAGAGAAGGAUCAAAACGCGUAAGACGACUCUUUGGAAAAUCACAAGAGACUGACGAAAUCUUAUUGAACGCUAUCGUGCGUAGGUUCAUUGAUAUUAUGACCGGAAAAUACAGUUAUCUCGUUGCGAUAACCGCUUUCAAAGUCUCUGAAAGCUUCGAGUUGGUUAGUCUCACGCUCCGUGACGCGCUUUACUUUGCGAGCGACAAAAUCGGGUGCAUUGCACUUAACCAAAUCAUAACCGAAUCAAACGAUAUCUUCCGAUAUGAAUUCUUUUACGAAAUAUCGGAAAACGCUGAUUGGUUAAGCAUGGACGAUUCAGGAAACUUUGUGGUACAACACGUACUUAACUUCCAUGACUUGGAAUACACAAACCUUGUAGCGUUUCGGCUUUAUGGUUACUACGUUGAGCUUUCGUCUCAGAGACGUGGUAGCUACAUCGUGGAGAAGAUUCUUGAGUCUGGAUCGAUGAUAGCUUUGGAUUUGGUCGUGAGUGAGCUUAUGGAGUGUGGUGGAUUCACGUUGUGGAGGCUGGCUCAGGAUGCGUUUGGGAAUUACGUUGUGCAAAAGGCAUUGAGAGUCACGCGACGCCAGGGUAGGGUUGAUUUGUUUUUUGGUCUCGUCAAGAAGUUUAAGUUGUUACCUUUUCUUGAUCUCUUGCGUAGGUCUCAUCACGGAAGGAACAUUGCGGCGAUUAUCGAUUCAACAAUUGUAUGAUUGUUUCGAACGAAUUUGAAAAUUUGUAAUUGAUUCUUUUAGUACCCCUCAUUGCCGAUAUAUUUGGUUUGUUUUGUCUAUUGUUUGAACUAUUGUUCGUCUAUCUCUUUGCGAUCAAAAUUAUGGACUACGUUUGAUGGAAAUAUUUGUGUGAUAAUGAUUGUGUCUGCAUAGGUAUUUUU